AUGGGUUCUACAAUCAAGCCAAUCCAGCUCUACGGAGGAAUUCUCGGACCCAACCCAUUGAAGAUUGGAAUCCUUCUCACCGUCCUCGAGCUACCCUGGGAGCCCGUUGCAGUCGACCACGCCGACAUCAAGAAGCCAGCAUACGAGGCAAUCAACCCCAAUGGACGUCUACCCUCCAUCCACGACCCCAACACCGACUUGACAAUUUGGGAAAGCGGCGCGAUAGUCGAGUACCUGAUUGAGCGAUACGAUGCCGAGCAUCACAAACUCAGCUUCACACCUCGCUCUGCAGAGGCCGAGCUGGCCCGCUCAUUCCUCUACCUCCAGGUCUCGGGCCAAGGUCCAUACUACGGACAGGCCUACUGGUUCAUGAAGUAUCAUUCCGAGAAGAUCCCUAGCGCUGUGGAGCGCUACGUCAACGAAGCCAAGCGCGUCACUGGUGUUCUUGACAAGUGGUUAGGCGAGCAGAAAGAGGCCAACAGUGCCAAUCUUGGAGAUGGCCCUUGGUUGGUUGGCAAUAAGCUGUCUUAUGCCGAUAUCUCAUUCAUUCCCUGGCAGGCGGGUGCGCACAUGGCGCUGAGUGAGAAUGGGUUCGACGCCAAUGAGUUCCCACACGCCAAGGAGUGGUUCGAGCGUAUGACUGCUAUCAAGGAGAUCAAGACUGUUAUGGAUGCCUCCGCUGAGCAGAUGGCUAAGAGAAUGGCUUCUGCGUAA